AUGGCGGUGUUACCCCCACCAGCAUGCGCAUCAACUCAAUUCCAAUUGUGGUCUCACGUCUCCAAUUUUCGCUGCCUUUACUUCGACAUAAAUAAUGUGAUUUCCUUGAAUAUUAGGCGGUGCCUCCUGUGUGCUUCACUUUGUCUCCCGAACCAAACGUAUUGCCAUUUGAAUGCGAAGACUGCUGAUGCGAGCACUCCAAAUGCGUGGCUCGGUUCGGCCAAUCAGGAAGCGAAUCGUCUGGCACUUACGCCUACCUUUCAUCAGCCUUUGGGUGUUUCCACUCAUUUACGUGUGAUAGAGGCGCCCUCAAAGGCAAUGUGCACCAAUUGUGUUGCGGGAGUUCAUUCUAUCACCGCGAGCCUACAAGCCAAAUAUUUUAUCAUCGCCUGCUUGACUAUGGCGCUUGUUCUUAUACUCUCAGCUUUGCCAAUCACAUAA